UAAUUAAGUUAUGUGGGUAAUAUGAAUUAAUUAGAGUUUAAAUUUUUAAAGGCUAUUUAUUCGCGGAAAAUGGGAAAUCGAAUAUCAAAUGUAGGAGACACCCGGAUAAUUAUCGUAGGCGGUGCGCCCGAAAAUGGACCGCCGGAAAAAAAGAAAAAACCUAAGAAAAGUCAAGAAAAUAAAAUAAAAACAGCCAAAUAUAGUCUCAUAAACUUUUUACCAAAGAAUUUAUACGAGCAAUUUCGUAGAAUUGCAAACGCUUAUUUUUUAAUUAUAUCUGCUAUAGCUCUAUUUAUCGACAGUCCAGUUUCACCUGUCACUAGUCUUAUGCCCCUGGUGUUUGUUGUGGCAGUCACUGGAGCAAAACAAGGAUAUGAAGACUGGCUGAGGCACAAGGCUGAUAAUGCGGUUAAUAAAGCCCCAGUAAAUGUGAUCCGUAACGGAGUGGAAUGCGACAUUUGCUGUGAAGAGAUUCGAAUAGGGGAUCUUGUAAAGGUGCCCCGAGAGUGCGAAAUACCUUGCGACAUGUUGCUCUUAUCUUCGAGCGACCGAGACAGGUGUCACGUCACAACCGCAAACCUCGACGGAGAGACCAACCUCAAGAGGCUCACCGUGCCCAAGUCCCUGAUUUCUAUCAACGUAGAACAUCUAGUGGGAAAAGCAUUUAUCGAAUGUCAACACCCACAAUCGGAUCUCUACAGUUAUUAUGGAAAACUAGAUUUAUGCGAUGAUCUCCGAACAACAAUUGAACUUACAGAAAAUAAUCUUUUAUUAAGAGGAUCACGAUUAAAAAAUACAGAAUGGGUCAUAGGAUGCGCAGUUUAUACAGGAAAAGAAACAAAGCUUUCUCUAAAUUCAAGAAUCACAAUAAACAAAUUUAGCUCCAGUGAAAAAUUUAUCAACAAAUUUUUAGUUUUCUACGUGGUGAUCAUGAUCUUCGAAGUAGUCGUGUGUUAUUUUAUGAAAAGAUACUACGAUUUGUAUGGAAAAUUUAAAUGGGACCAGAGAACUAUGCAAUCACACGAACAUAUUUCUGAUGUCCUGCAAGAUAUUUUUUCAUUUCUACUUUUGUACAAUUAUUUAAUUCCUAUAUCGUUGUAUGUGACUAUAGAAAUGCAUAAAUUAAUAGGUUCAUUAUAUAUGGAAUGGGAUAGCAAUCUAUACAAUUCAAAACUGGAAGAAAAUAUGCUGGUCAACACAUCAGAUUUAAAUGAAGAACUUGGACAAGUUGAAAUACUCUUUUCGGACAAAACAGGCACUUUGACAAAGAACGAAAUGCAUUUUCAAAUGUGUUCCAUCACAGGAAAAACUUAUAAAGAAGAAUUUGGGAAACUUGUUCCUGUUCGAUUGGAUUGUGAUUCGAUGGCAAAUGAUGUUGAAGCAUUGACCAUGAGUGAAUAUACGGAAGAUAUGAAAGAAUUCUUUCGCACAAUCGCGCUUUGCCACACGGUUCAAGUAUCAACACAAAAAUCAAAUGGAAAUGUUUUCACGGAUUGUGACAAUGGAAUAUCUGAAAUGCCAGAAUACCAAGCUUCUAGUCCUGAUGAAAAAGCCCUUCUAGAAGCAUCAUAUAAAUUCGGUUUUCAAUUUAUAAACGAAGAAGCAGAAGAAUUAGAAUUGAAAAUUUUGAAUGAAGAUGAUGGAACCUAUUCGGGAUCAGAGUUGACGGAGUCCUGUCAACUUGAUUAUGAAACUUAUGAAGAAUGUUUCAACAUUGAAAAAUAUCAAAGAUUGGAAACAUUAGAAUUUUCAUCAGAUCGGAAAAGAAUGUCAGUGAUUGUGCAAGAUAAAGAUGGACAGAUCCACUUGCUUUGUAAAGGAGCAGAAUCAGCUAUUUUUCCAUUAUGUACACAAGAUAUGAAUAGUGAAAAAAUGGCUUUAACAGAAAAGCAUAUUCAAGAAUUUUCGAAAAGAGGCUUAAGGACUUUAGCUAUUGGUGCGAAAACUAUCACGAUGGAAGAGUAUUUGGAUAUUAAGGAGAGAUUAAAGUUAGCAAGAGCAGUCAUGUCGGGUCGAAGACAAACGAUGUUGAUAAAAUCUUAUCGAGAAAUCGAAGAAGGAUUAAGCCUUUUGGGGGCUACUGCUGUUGAGGACGCCUUGCAGGAUGAUAUUGUGGAUACUGUGAUAUCAUUGAGAAGGGCAGGCAUUAAGAUAUGGGUACUUACUGGAGACAAGGUGGAAACGGCUUUGAACAUCGCUUAUUCCUGUGGACACAUUUCUCGAGGAGCAGGUCAUCUGCUGUACCUUGUCGAUUGUAAAAACGAGGAGGCCUGCAAGGAAUUGCUGGAUCGGUACUCAUCAGAAAUGGCCAGGAAUCGCGGCGCCGAUUACAAUUUGGUGGCGGACGGAGCAAGUCUUUCCAUCGUAUUGAAAUCGGCGCCGAACGAAUUCAAAGAAAUUGCCACGAAAUGCUUUUCUGUACUAUGCUGCAGAUUAUCACCGAUGCAGAAAUGCCAAUUGGUACAACUUGUAAAAUUAAGUAAAUCACCACCAAUAACAUGCGCGAUUGGUGACGGAGCCAAUGACGUGUCCAUGAUUCAAGAAGCGCACAUCGGCCUAGGAAUAUUUGGAAAGGAAGGACGGCAAGCAGCACGAUGCGCUGAUUUAGCCUUUUCCGAAUUCCGAAUGUUGAAACGUGUCCUGCUAGUACAUGGACAUUGGUAUUAUCAAAGACUGGCUACUUUAGUACAAUAUUUUUUUUAUAAAAACUUAGUAUUUAUGAACAUUCAGAUGUUCUUUCAAAUAUCAUGCAUGUUUUCAUCACAAUCCAUUUAUGAUUCAACAUUUUUAACAUUAUAUAAUGUGAUAUACACAGCAUUUCCUGUAUUAAUAUUAUCGUUAAGUGAGCAAAAAAUAAGCGAUUCGGAGCUUAGUAAUGAUCCAGAACUGUACAGAAAAAAUAGGCGACAUUUAUUACUAAGAUGGCCUAGGUUUCUGCAGUGGACUCUACUUGGCACUUGGCAUUCCUUAGUCAUUUAUGUUCCUAUGUUUAUUUUAUGGAAUUCAGAUGCAGCAAUACUACAGGAAGGUCGACCAGGAAAUUUAUGGUGUUUCGGCACAGCACUAUUCCACUGCGUUGUUCUAGUCACUAAUUUUAAGCUUUGGCUAUAUUCAAAAUAUCAGACUUAUAUAUUCAUCAUCAGUGUCAUCUUAUCAAAUGCAACUUUCGUGAUAUUUAACAUAAUUUACUCUGUUAUUAAUUUGCAAAUCGAUGGAGAUAUGUUAGGAGUUUAUCUUCAAUUAUUGUCUUCACCAAUGUUUUGGGUUUUAACAAUAUUCGUAAUAAUAACGUGCCUGAUACCAGAUUAUUUGAUAGCAGCUUCAAAGGAAAUUAUUCGUAAGGAUAAGAGACAAAGGACAAUUAUUUGUGAAGAGAGUGGUGUUAGAAAUUAUGACGAAAAAAAUCGAAUAAAGACUCCAGGAGGUACCAGGCUAAUAGUUGUCGGUGGAUGUACCAGCGAUGAACAAUUGCAACAGAGAAACAAGUUUAAGAAGUGCAAAGAAAAUGAAAUCGUGACAACUAAAUAUACCUUGAUCAACUUUCUGCCAAAAAACCUCUACGAACAAUUCAGUAGGGUUGCAAAUGCGUACUUUCUGGUCAUUUCUAUAAUUGCUUUGUUUAUUGGUCAUCCUGUGUCACCAGUAACUAGUUUGGCUCCGUUAAUUUUUGUGGUGUCGGUAACUGCCGUAAAACAAGGAUAUGAAGAUUGGAUGAGACAUCUUGCUGACAAAGCUGUUAAUCGAGCACCAGUGAAUGUGAUUCGUAACGGAGAAGAUUGCAUAAUUCAGUGUCAGGAAAUACGCAUUGGAGAACUGGUCAGAGUUUUCCAGGAUUGUGAAAUUCCUUGUGAUAUGGUCCUGCUGGCAUCCAGCGAUCGCGACAGAUGCCAUGUUACCACAGCCAACCUGGAUGGAGAAACCAAUCUUAAAAGACUCUUGGUUCCAAAAACACUUACAACUAUUUUUCCAGGUGAGUUGGAAGUAACAGCCAUCAUCGAAUGCCAGAGCCCUACUUCUGAUAUAUAUAGUUUUUAUGGACGCUUUGAUUUACAUGGAGAACUUCAAACAUCGAUAGAACUAACAGAAAAUAAUCUACUUUUGCGAGGAUCAAUGUUAAAAAAUACUGAUUGGGUUGUAGGUUGCUCCGUUUAUACAGGAUGUGAAACAAAGUUAUCACUAAAUUCAAGAUUUGCAAGAAAUAAAUUCAGCACCAGCGAAAAAUUCGUUAACAGGUUCCUGGUGUUCUAUGUAAUGAUCAUGAUUGCAGAAAUGAUCGUAAGUUAUUUCAUGAAACUAUACUAUGAAAUUUAUGGAGAACAACCCUGGGACGAAAAAUCCGAACGAUCGAGCAAAACUAGUAGUGAAGUGGUUCAAGACAUUUUUUCGUUUUUGAUGUUAUACAACUAUUUAAUACCUAUAUCAUUAUAUGUUUCGAUAGAAACUCAGAGACUUAUAGGUUCUUUGUUCAUGGAAUGGGAUAUUCAUUUAUACGACCACAAAAUCGACCAGAAUGCAUUGGUGAAUACAUCAAACCUGAACGAAGAGCUUGGUCAAGUUGAAAUACUUUUCUCUGACAAAACCGGUACUUUGACUAAAAAUAAGAUGCGUUUUCGAAUAUGUUGUAUAAAAGAUAAAAUCUAUGCAGAAGAAAAUGAUGUGCUACUGCCUGUACACUUUGAUGAAGAUUUUUUAAUUGAAGAUCGACCAUUAACUAUGAAUGAUCAUACGGAAGAGAUGCAAGAAUUCUUCCGAUCAAUUGCACUUUGCCAUACAGUACAAAUAUCAGAAAAAACCGUAACCAGUAUCUAUAAAUCAUCGGAAAAUGUAAAUUUAGAUAUGCCUGAAUAUCAAGCAUCUAGUCCUGAUGAAAAGGCUUUAAUAGAAGCCUGUUAUAAAUUUGGUUAUCAAUUUAUUGAUGAUGAAAACGAAGAAAUACAACUUAAAAUUGUUGGUAAAGAUGAUUACGAUGCAGAGUUAACAGAACACCCAGGAAUUGCAAACAGCAAUUAUACCAUCGAAAUAUAUAAUCGUUUAGAAGUCUUAGAAUUUACCCAUGAGCGCAGGAGAAUGUCUGUAAUAAUAAAAGACCAGUUUGACCAGAUAUAUUUGUUUUGCAAAGGAGCCGCGUCCGCAAUUUUACCAUUAUGUGAAAAUAACGAAGAAAUGAGUUUAAUACAAAAUUACGUUCAGGAGCUCUCACGAAGGGGAUUCAGAACAUUGGCUAUUGGAUCAAAAAGACUUCUUGAAGAAGAAUAUCUGGAUAUCAAGAACACAUUAAGAACUGCAAGAUCAGUAGUAUCUAAUCAAAGGCAUUCAAUGAUAGUCAGACAUUAUGAGAAUAUUGAAGGAGGUUUGAACCUUCUGGGAGCAACUGCUGUUGAAGAUGCUUUGCAAGAUGAUGUUGCGGAUACUGUGAUAUCUUUGAGAGAAGCAGGGAUCAAAAUAUGGGUGCUGACAGGAGAUAAUCUCGAAACAGCUCUAAAUAUAUCAUUUGCCUGCGGGCACAUCAAACAAAAUGCAAAGCACCUCCAUUAUUUUGUUGAUUGCAAAACUGAAGAAAUGUGUCGAACUUUAAUAACAGAAUACGAAAAAGAAAUUAAUAGCAUGUCUGAUGACGGUGGUCAUGAUCUGAUAGUGGAUGGCAAUAGUUUAAAUAUCAUUUUAGCAUUUGCGUCCAAUGAAUUCAGGGACCUUGCUGCUAAAUGCCAAUCCGUACUGGGUUGCAGAUUGUCGCCAAUGCAAAAAUGCCAGGUGGUUCAAUUAAUAAAAGCAAGCAAAUCGAUGCCUAUAACAUGUGCGAUUGGCGAUGGUGCCAACGAUGUAUCCAUGAUACAAGAAGCACAUAUUGGUCUUGGAAUAUUUGGAAAAGAAGGACGACAAGCUGCACGAUGCGCAGAUGUAGCAUUCGCAGAAUUUCGUAUGCUAAAAAGAAUUUUUCUAGUUCACGGACAUUGGUACUAUCAGCGAUUGGCAAAUAUGGUGCAAUAUUUUUUUUACAAAAACUUAGUAUUCAUGAAUAUUCAGCUGUUUUUCCAAGCGUCGUGUAUGUACUCCUCAUUAUCAAUUUACGAUACCGCAUAUUUAGCUUUAUAUAAUGUGAUCUUUACUGGAUGGCCAAUAUUGGUAUUCUCUUUGAGCGAACAACGAGAAAGCGACUCGAAAUUGAUGGCGUGA